GUGUGUACUUCUGGCUGCUGUUAAGUGUGCUCUGCCCGAGUGAUCUCUCUGCGUGUGUGUUAGUCGCACGUGUGCGCAUCUCCUACUGUACUUUGCUUCAAAUACUUGACAAGCUGGGCUGAUCAGCACUUCCAUUUUAAGCGAGGACGACUGAGAGCAGCAUGUUGAUGUGAAAAUUGACCAAAAGUGUACACAUCCAGUUUAGAGAAUCGUGUGUGUGUGUGUGUGUGUGUGUGUGUGUGUGUGUGUGUGUGUGUGUGUGUGUGUGUGUACCACUUAAAUGUGAACAGUAGUGUUACAUUCUAGGAAGGUCUUAAAAGACGGUGUUAAAAAAAAUGACAAGGAAAAGGUUGCAUCAUGCCAAUCUCUUCCUUCUUAGUCGUACUGUACUCACGUUUUAGGAAGGGAUGGUCCGAAUAAUCCCUUGAGGAAUGCACACGAGGGGAAAAACAAGAUGAGUUUACGGUAUACGUGUACGUGCACUGGAAAAACGGGGUUCCCUUGAAGACUCACAAUGGCAGGAAAGAAGCGUUUCCUUCCAUGACUUGUUUUCCUCUAACCUCGCUCAAUAUUGUAGCGGCCAUACUGUAGAAGUUCUCCUCCUACUGGCCUCGCCAAGCCAAACGGCAGCUUGUAUAGCUUUAGGUGUCAAGGAAACACAAUUUCACACAACAAUAGUCCGAAUAUUGCAUCAAACAUUAGCGGCUGGCUUACGAGUGGUAACGGUGAGAGGAAAUCUUCCCAACGUGAUUUCUGUUUUGUUUUCUGGAUUCUUCCUUGCACUUUUUUGGAAGUCAAAUCAGCACUGGACAGAGGCACGCAUUGGAUUUGAGUUAUCUUGCCAGUGCUCUUUCCUCUACUUUACCUCACUUUUUUUUUUUUUGUGUGUGUGUGUGUGUGUGUGUGUGUGCCCACCGCUAACGAGGUGUGUUUCAAAAGAGACUGAUUGCUGCUCCUCAGUGCCAACACACGCCCAGGCAGCUCUUCGAGCGUUCCACCAGGAAUCAAGAUCCUUCCAUCCGUUGCUUUUUUUUCUUCCAAACACCCACUCAGACUCUCAAUGCUCUUAGUGUACAAACUUUUCUCUUGUAAUGUUAUUUUAGAGUCACUGUGAAUACCCGGUACCAGCAUAUAAAGAUACAGUAUAUACAGAUGAAAUUAUGAAUCUAAUGUUUAUUAUUAUCCGUAUGUGAGGAUGCUUUGUACAGCUCCUGUUAUACAGACAUCAUCUCGCGGACAUGCUGAAGCCUCCAGACUGAACUAUCGGUGUGAGAAGACCUGUUUGAACUGUGUCUCGUCGUGUUGUUUCGAUUGUUAAGAGGUCGGUGAAGCAUGAGAAUGUGCCAAGCAACGUCCAAACUUCCCCUCUGUUUGUGGAUGUGUGUGCGCGUGCGUCGACAUGUAACUUAUUAAUCAUGUAAACGUGUGGAUUUUAUUGUAGCUGUUGAAACUUGAGGGGGAGCUGAUUGGAGGGGGUGAAAAAUGUGAACAAGCAGAAGAAGGCAAGGCGAGCUUGAUUUGAAAGGUGACUGUGGGAGCCAGCGAUGAUGAAAUCAUAUCUGUAAAGCUUCGCGUUCUAGCUUUCAAGAGGUCUUUUUCAACAUCAUCGGGUACGCCUUAACGAGCGAGAUCCUGACAGGACGGUCAAAGUGUGAGUUCGCUGACUUUGUGCCUAACUGCAAAUGUAAUGUAUGUCGAGCCAGCUGACUUUUCUCAUUUCGCUGCCCUGUGGUUGCACCGACUCGCCCUUUCAGUUGCAGGCGAUCGUUUUAACAUCGGAUCUUUCAUCUGCUGUGUGAGCAAAACAGAUUUCAGAUGAUGAUGAUGUGUUGUUGUUGUUGUUGGGCUGAACAACAAGGGUUGUAAGUGAAGCAAUCAGGUAAAUAUACGAUUUUGAAAAUUGAACUAAAGUGGAAAAGGGGUGCUUCACGUGACUUGAUGAUGCAUUGCAAUCAAGUUUGAAACAGACAUGAAUGUCUUGAAUGUCCUGAAGUUUCUCAAUACUCAAUUACGGGCAUUGCGUUUGAAAAUAAAUCAUAUCUGAAAGUCCAUUCAGUUUGAAGGACACAAACAAUGUGAUGUUUCUUUAUGAACGAAAGGAAGGAAAGAUGAGGCACAACUCAAGUACAGUCCCGUGUUCAUCAUCAGAGAACUUAAAGCACUGCAAUAAUAGCAUUUGUGGGGUGGAAACUUGAAUGGGGGGGGGGGUGGCACUUAGGCUAGAUAGAGUUGCUGUCAUGUUCACAGUACCGGAUGACACCACACCACAACACAAACAUUGUAUUUCCACAGACUUUCCCCCACGUGUAAAUCUCAAGCAUUAGCCAAAGAAACAUGCUUUCUCCUCCCUGCACUGACAUUGGGAGGACUUAUGAUGACAACACUGUGAUGGCCGAUGUCUUUAUUUGGGGCUGAAGCACAGGAUCAAGUCUUCACUGGGAGAUUCACUGUCACGUACACACAGCACAAGGUCCGCUUGACUCCGCUAUAAAUACAGACACGUUGUAUUUUAGAUUUCACUCCUGCGUGCAUAGCAACUUCACUUUCUUGUUUGAUGUUUUCUGCCAGGAAGAGAUGGCGCAAUGAUGCUUUCAAGCCCAAAAGAGUUUUCCAAGUCUGAAUCAAUAGUGACGUCACUACAUAGUUGUUCAGGGUGAAUCGCGCCAUUGACCACAAGGAGGCACUACGGUCGGACAUUUAAACUUCCUGACGACAAUAUCGAUAAAGAUUGUGGCCAGCAUCAUUUUGGUGUUAUAUUUAGGGGAAAAAAAUGAACGACGCUUAGGAAUGGCGCUAGUGUUUUCCUUGCAUUUCUAUCAGCGGACAGGUUUACAUAGUUUACACAGUGGAAUUACAGUUUUUUAAAAAAUGUGCAUUUUAAUGAGAGUCAAUUAUACGCGGUCCCUAUCCUAGAGUUCUGUCGUCCUCUUGUGGUCGUUGAAGAGAAGUGCAGGCGAGAGGAGGAGGAGGAGGAAGAGGAAGGAAGGCGAAGGGGGUUCUCCCAGCAUGUCGCCUCCUGUUGCCGCCCCUCACUGUAGGGGCUGCCGGCGACCUUUCAGUCUGCUCACGUGAACGCAGACAGCCGCGCAACUACGCCGUGACGCGCUACGAGCUGUCCGCAGCUUUGUGGUGCAGUAGCGGCCUGGCCUGUUCGCCUCGUGCGUCGGGCUGGAGAACCAAAGUGGAACCGUUUCCUGACUAAUAUUUUUUUUGCACGCUCUCUGUGGGAGGUAGUUGUCAGUACAGUAAUAAUUGCAGUAGUGGCGGUAGCGGCAGUGUUGUUUGGUCGCGUUUUGUUCAAGGAUAGUUGUUUGAAGACAGGGCGCAACAAAUGUUUGUGGACAUGCGGCCAACGGAGGAAUGAGAGCAGCGAGGCACCGGCGGCCCUUCCAGCGGUUCUGCUGCUGCGGAGUCGGGCUGCUCGCCGUCUUGUGGCUCGCUCAGGUCAUCCACGCACCAGCAGAGACUUCUGGUUCUCGUCUCGAAGCGGAUGACGGCGCAUUGCGAUGGACACGCCAACUCAAGCAGAUGCCCCACAACCAGAGUGUGACUGAACACGACGCAGCCAUUCAUGAGUUUCCAGAGGACAUCUUCAAUAAGGAGCAGCGGAAGAAUGGAGCCGUCUUACUGCACGUUCUCUGUGUGAGUAUUCCAAAAUCCGACAAGGGAUCCGUGUGUCUUGGUUCUUCUCAUCAAAGCGCUUGCGUGCCUUUUCAGGCCAUCUACAUGUUCUACGCUCUGGCCAUCGUCUGCGAUGACUACUUUGUUCCUUCGCUUGAAAAAAUAUCGGAGAAUCUCCAGCUGAGUGAGGAUGUUGCCGGGGCAACGUUCAUGGCAGCAGGAAGCUCCGCUCCGGAGCUCUUCACAUCGCUCAUUGGUGUCUUCAUCACUAAAGGGGACGUUGGCGUGGGCACCAUCGUGGGCUCGGCCGUCUUCAACAUCCUGGUCAUCAUCGGCCUGAGCGGCAUCUUUGCGGGCCAGACGGUGAAGCUGACGUGGUGGUCUUUGUUUCGAGACUCCUCCUACUACAUCCUGUCUGUGCUGGCGCUCAUCGGGGUCAUUUACGACGCUGUGGUUGUCUGGUGGGAGUCUUUGCUCCUCAUGACCAUGUACGUGAUCUACAUCAUCAUUAUGAAGUUCAACACGCACCUUCGGACAUUUGUGACGCAACAGUUCCGCCGAGCCGGGCCGUGCUGCGUCGCGUCACAGGACGGCGGAGAGGACAAAAUGGGAGACGAGCCCUCGGCCUGCCACACCGCCAUGGCCCUCCUGAACAAAGCUCAAGUGCAGAAUCAGGAGGGCGGCGCAGUCGUCAUGGUGGAUGAGCUUCUCAUCCUCAGCCCUCACAAGCUGUCCUUCUCCGACGCCGGCCUGCGCAUCAUGAUCACGCCGCACUUCUCGCCUCGCACCAGACUCUCCAUGGCUGGCCGUGUGCUCAUCAGCGAGCGGCAGAGACUCAUCCGGAGUUCUAAGAGCCCGCGGGGCAGCGAGGCCGAGUACCGAGGGGGCUCCGCUGCCAACAGCCUGAAGCGGACGGGCUCCUGCAGUUUGGAGAACGGGGGCGGCGCAGGACACACAGAGUCCGGAGACAAGCCGGCUGCGGCGGCGGCGGACGAUGACGACGACGGCGCUUUCCACCCCUUGCGCAUCCCAGCCGGUUGCUGGGCCAGGGUCAAGUGGGUCAUCACGUGGCCUCUGGGCCUCCUGCUCUACUGCACGGUGCCCAACUGCGUCGUCCCGCGCUGGCAUCGCUGGUUCAUGGUCACCUUUGUGGCCUCCACGCUGUGGAUCGCCGUCUUCUCCUACCUCAUGGUGUGGAUGGUCACCAUUGUGAGCGUCACCUUAGACAUCCCAGACUACAUCAUGGGCAUCACCUUCUUGGCAGCGGGGACCAGCGUGCCCGACUGCAUGGCGAGCCUCAUCGUUGCCCGACAAGGCAUGGGCGACAUGGCUGUGUCCAACUCCAUUGGCAGCAACAUCUUUGACAUCUUGCUGGGUUUGGGCUUCCCGUGGGCUCUCCGCACGCUGGUGGUGGACCACGGCUCAUUCGUGUCCAUCAAUAACAAAGGCCUGGUGUAUUCCGUCGUCCUGCUGCUGGCGUCUGUGUUCCUCACUGUGACGAGCGUUCAUCUGAACGGCUGGCGGCUGGAUCGGCGCCUGGGCCUGGGCCUGUUGUUCCUCUACGCCAUCUUCCUGCUCUGCUCCAUCCUCUUUGGGCACAUGUGAAGUCAAGCGACACUGCGAGGGCAACCUCCUCAUUUGGCCUUUUUGUUUUUUUUUUGUUUUUUUUGGCUCAAGUCAAAAUUAGAGUUGCUUCCCUGACACAAUAAGUCUUUUUUGGAACAGCAGCACUUUUCAUGAACUGAUUUUCUAGUGUUUGACAUCACCGCCUCCAGUUUUUUUUUUCUUGUUCCUCACACAGGCUAAAAAUUCAACAGUAUUUAUUGUCUAUAUUUGAGUGUAAUAUUUACAUAAGGUCGCGGCAAUCUAUGAUGCUCGAAUGUCCUACUUUGAGGGACAACUUGAACGUGUCAGGAGUUGGAAUGCACAUUUUCAGCCUCUCAACGAGUAUUGGUACGGUUAAAAUUAUGUCUGGAGAUUGUUUAGAGGUGUUAGGAUUAAAUAUUCAAUGUGUAUUUAAUAAGUGUCAUCAACUUUGGCGAGUUCAGUUUCGUUUGAUUUUGCCACAUUGAGGUAUGAAGAUUCGAAUUGCAAUGAAUUCACUUUGGUGGAAUAUUUGAAUUGCUCAGCACAAACAUUCAGCGGUACUUCGUGCAUAAAUGAGAUGCAAUCUCACUGAUGCUCUCUCUUGCUGCUCCUUUUUCAAAUUGUACAAUGAAAGCAAUCUGUUAUUUUUCUAUGAGGUGAAUAACCAGCCACAUUUUUGGUACAAACCGAUAUUAAGUCUUAAAUGUUCCACUAAAGUGAUUUGAUUUCCUCGUUUUGUGGCGUUCUUGAUAUUGAAAUUAGAGCGUUAAGUCAAAUGAAUGCAUCUGUUUCGGUGUGUAGAAUAUUUUAGGUUUGUUGAAAGGGAGUACACCCGAGACGGAAAUCAAAUGGAAACCGAAGACUGAAUGUUUUGUUUCACGGCUGUUCUGCGGCAGUGUUAAUUUUAUUCAAAUGUGAUGGGAAUUUUUUUUUAAACUAGGGAUUGAUAGACUGUUAUAUCCUGAGUGCAAUAAAAUAGUACGACA